AUUUUGCAGCCAAUUUCCCGUAUAUAUAUGCCCUACACCAAAUACUCACAAAAUCUCACAUUUAUUAUUAUUCCUCCCACGCUAAUUAAUUUCCCCAAAAUUUGUAGAAUUUCAUCUAUUUGAAGGAUCAGAGAAAGGAUGAACAGGCCGGGCGAUUGGAGUUGUCGGAACUGCCAGCACCACAAUUUCCAGAGGAGAGAGUCGUGCCAGCGAUGCGGGGGCCGAAAGCCCGGGGCCGAGUUCAUCACGGGGCCGGACGUGCGGCCUGGGGACUGGUACUGCGCCAUCGCCAACUGUGGGGCCCACAACUUCGCCAGCCGCUCCACGUGCUUCACGUGUGGUGCCACCAAGGAUGAACGAGGAUUCGAGUCCGACCUGUCGCGUGGCCGUGCUCUUGGAGGCCGCGCUGCCUGGAAAUCCGGCGACUGGAUAUGCACCAGGUAUGCAUGCAACGAGCACAAUUUUGCGAGCAGGAUGGAAUGCUUCAGGUGCAAUGCGCCGAGGCAAAUCACUGACAACACUUUCUUCUAAGGAAACUAAGAGCAAGACUGAAGCAUGAUACGAAUGAAUGGGAUUGUGAACGACGAUAUAUGACUAUGCUUUCAAGAUUAUGAUUAGCCUGCAUUUCCCAAUUUAUCUUUCUGUUUUUCUUACUUUUGAUUUCCUUAAUUAGGGGAUUAGCAUUAGAUAGGUGAUCAGCUAUCGUUGCAAUUUUUAUGAUGGGAUGUAGGAAGUUGUAGUAGUAUUUGAAUUUUGUAAGAUGUAGCCAUCCUUCCUGUUUC